AUGCGUAUAACCUCGGUUCGCACGCGGCGAUGGCUUUUACUUAGCGCCCUCCACUUCAAGCAUCAAGACCUGGAUAGAGUACGGCAAACGGGGCGAUGGAUCGUUGCGGAGGCAGAGCGAAAUCAUGUCUCGCGGGUGGUGAUAUGCGGUGACCUCUUGAUCAGCCGGACGAUGCAGCCCACACAUGUGUUUUCUGCCUGUUACCGUUUCAUCAGCCAUCUCAGCGACGUCGCCGAAUUUGAAUCUUUGGCCCUGCGGUGGACGGUGACGUUGAAGGGUAUUAUCAACGGCCCGGGUGAUAGGUUCGAGGAGAUGUGUCGGUUCUAUGAGAGGCAUCACAUCAGGCCGGUGGUGGAUCGUUCGUUUGGGUUUUGA